GCCAAAGCCCAGUACCAACUUUGCCCAUUGUUUACCUUUGUUGUCGCUGUCGAUCGAAGUGGAAUCUCGAAUCUUGAUGUUGGUCACUGGGGGGAAUGCGUGAAUCUAGCCGAACUUGGACUAGACUACCCGCACCCUGUUGUAUCUAUCAUUGGAGACGCUCGCUAAACGUACGAAACUGCUUCUACAUCUCAGAUAUACCCGACGAUCACAACAGCGACGAUUAGGUCUGUUGUUUCCAGAAGUCUCAUCUUACUUCAUCUUCAUUAUUGUUAUCAUCACUUGGAGGAUCAGGGAUCGCGAAUCAGGUCGUCGUUCGGGGUGAAGCCUUGGCUCCGAAAUGCCCAUGAUCAUGGACGAUGAUGCUUUGGAUAUGGAACUUUUUGGCGGGGGUGACUUGUCUCUUCCAGCACGGCCUCCCCCUAAAGAGCUGUACCAGCGCUUAGACGAGCUUCGCGAAAGUGGAUGCUGCCAAAGCAUUGCGUGGUCCAAAUGGGGAAGCAUAGCAUCGAUCACUGCAAAUGGCACGGCGGUAGACCUGCGAAACCUACGGUGCCACCCAGAAGAUGGCACCUGGGCACUUAGCGAGCCUUACAAAACUGAAAACUUCUCCAACUCAAUGGAAGGCGGCCCUCUCAAACAUCUUGCUUGGGCCCCCAAUGGCAGCGAUUUGGCAGCAAUCGAUGCUGCAGGGCGUGUUGCCAUUCUAUCCGUCUUUUCCUCACUAAACAAGGUCGCCCUUGCCAGGAUGAUUCAAGCUGACCCAACAGAUGACCUCCAUGCUGUCGUUGGGUCUUAUUGGUUGAAUCUGGCAACACUCCCCCCAAAUAGACCUACAAUAUUGAAUGGUCCAGCUGUGAAGGACGGGACGGACUACCGCUAUGAGGCAUCUCAAGCUCCAAGUCUGGGACCAAGUCAUCCAAAUCACAAUCGAUCGGCCUUCAUCUUUUUAACCACAAAUGGGCUGUUGAGGCUCCUCUUCCCCCAGAAUAACAACAAAUGGUAUGAAGUCCAUACCGAGCUUGAAAGCAUAGUCUCAUCGGAUGAUCUCAUCACUCAUGCUGCGAUAUGCGCCGAUAAAAACAACACUCUACUAAUAGCAUUUGCUACCUCAUCAAAACAACUACGAACUGUUCGUGCUGUGAUUGAGUGGAAUCAACCGAAGAUGGACAAAGCGGCACCCGCACAACUGCCAGUUCAACCGCAAAUCAAGACGAGGCACUUGGCUGUGACGAGCUGGUAUCACGAAGGACCUGGUAUCCCAUUGAACCCUUCACAUGUGGAGUCCUCAAUGCAACAACUCUCACGCUUGGAGUUCCUGCCACCAUGUGUCGAUGCUGGUGGCAAAGUAGUUUCACCCACGAUCAUUACGUUCCGCUCACACUUACCAAUUUCUUCUUCGCACUUCAAUCAAGAUGUUUAUACGACUGUAGAUAGAUGGGAAGUAAGAGAUAAGCACCAGAAUAUUCAUCCAGCCUUUGAGCAGCUGAGCUCGAGGAGAAAUAGCGUUGGAUCGCAACCAGGACCUACUGUAUUUCUGAAGAAGAUUGAAAGCUUCACAGUCAACAAGAUAGCUAUCGGAUUGGAGCCUAUGAAUCAUGGCAAAGUGAUCUUCUUUGCAUACAGUGAUGGCUCUAUUGAGUAUCGUGAUCGGUUUGAUAUGUCGGAGACAUUCAAUGAUGGAAACCUUGAACGCGUCUGGCAUCUCUCCCAGAUUGGCUUCACCUACCCUGAGGACGAGCCAUGUUUACAAAUUGCAUUUUCACCAAGCUAUUGCUCUAUUGUGCAACUGAAGGGCGACGGUAAGGUGCAAUGGCAGCAUCUGGAUUAUCGUUUAGGUGACCUAGGUACCAGUGCGGAAGAUCCUAUGUACGGAGCAACUAUAGCUGCGUUAUCACUUUCUAUUGGUACAGCCGUGAUGAGAGGAGUCAAUUACGACGAUCUUCUCGCCACAGUGAAGAAGCAUGCGACUCCCCAACUGAUCUAUGACUUGCUCACGGACACAUCUCGCAUUUUUAAACUACAGGCAGACUAUUCAGAAGAGUCACAUCACGAUAUGCUUGUUCGAAACACAUCCAUACAGCUUUGUCUAUGUCUACAAAAUUCCCUUGGUUUCAAGGGAGAAUUCAAUCCUCGAACGUUCUCAGGCAGAUUCUCAUGGUUGGUCCUACAGCUACGCAACAUCGUCGUCUGCGUAUCGAUGGCUGCGAAUCUCAAUCCAAUGGGUCCUGACAAGGUUUCCCCAUUAGAAGACUCAGAAGUGAUCAAUUCUCUUACUGGCUCCGUUCGCUGGAUUCUUGACCUAAUGGCUUGGCUCGUCGAUACCCUUCUAACUCUUCCCACAACUGUACCAUCCACAGUUGACCUGACCAACGCGAGCAAGCUCUCUCUUCCUGACCUUCUCGCCCAUCUUCACUCUACCAAUACAGUUGCACUCCAUAUGCUUCUCUCUUCAUCAGUCCGCGGAUUCUUAACCGCUAUCUGCCGACGCUUAGUCCAUCUAGACUAUAUUGCCCGCAAGGCCAUUAUGCUCAGUGGAGGAACCCCUUCAAACAACCUCAAUCAGCAAAAUCCUUCCCAAAGUCCUCACCCAAUUUCAAACGUAACUCCAGCUCUUCGACAAGCAUAUCUUCAGAUUGCCACCCUUACCUCAACCACCAUUGUCAAAGUCAAGACCGCCGAAGCCCUACUCUCAUCCCUCAGCUCCCUCAUCAAAACAGCCUACGCCACACCACCGACCUCAUCUUCCUCUACUCAACCAGUUCUCUCGGGCUCCCCGCAAGCCGAAAAGGUCCGCAACCAAUUGGAGAUCAAGAUGCUCUUCGGGAGUUCCUUCCCUGACGCUUUCAAAACUGUCAUUGUUGAACUCUUCCGAAAGGAAGGCUUGCUAGAAACAGUACAAGAAGAAAUCGAACCCGCUCAACUAUUCUUUGCCGAUUUCACAAUGUUGGAAAUAGAUGAGGAUCACGCAUCUGUCAAGAAGAGGAAAAACCUAGGACGGACUAUGGAUUGUUUCUUGAAGACUUGGUUGAGGAACCCACCUUCCCUCCAUUCUUCGGAGAAUGGCGACUCGCAAGCGAAUGGGAGUUCGAGACAGGGAGUCAAAUGGAGAAGGUGUGCACGGUGCGCAGCCGUCAUGGAGGAUUCGAUGAGUCAGAGACCGGCGUUGGCUUGGCUGAUGAUGCAGCAGCGAAGAUGUUUUUGUAGUGGGUAUUGGGAUACUUUACCUGCUGGACAGAUGGCUGCUUGAUUUAUUGGUAUUUUGGGAGGGCCGUCUGCUUUUUGCUUUUGGGUAUAUCCAUAGCUAUUAUUUCUAAUAAAAGAUCGUUG